GUCGAAUGAGCUGUCUGUUGCCUGUUGCAGCGGCUCGACCCAUUCUAUCCGGUAGACUAUUUUGGAACGGUCCUCAUCUUUCUCUUGAACUCACGCUGCCGUAAGUCGUUUGAAAGCAGCACACGAAAGGGAAACGACGAAGCUUUCAAGAGACGAGAAAUUCCUCGUCUUGCAGCUUGUGCUCUUCGAAACCCAGCGGUAUCUUUCCAUUCCUUGGCUGAUGACUUGUUUGGGGAGCGAGGUUGCUUACAGAAACUGCUAGCCAUUUCAAGUCUGGGUGCGUUGACCUUGGCCGGAUAUUUUCAUUGAGCGUGCGACAACUAUGCCACUGCGGAGGAACAGUACCGGGUCUGCGGGAACACUUUCUCGUCGAAAAGAAUUUCUCUUUCCAGGAUUCAUUCUUCUGCUAGCACUUGCAGGUGUUUGCGAUGCCAGCCUGGACCAAAGAACAACAUGCACUGGAGCUACGAUAGCCGACUCUCAGUUCAAAACCUCUCUUCCCCAGCACACUGUGCUGAAGAAUAGGUAUUCGGGCUGCCAGGUGGUGCUGAAUAAUCUCAUCAUUGAGAAUGUGGAGUACGACGACAUGGAUUACUCGUUCUUGAACACCAUCGAAGAGGUACACGGGUUUGUUUGGGUGUUCGACUACAAAAGACCAAUUCUGCCACUUCAAGGCCUCAAGCUCAUACGGGGACGAGAGCUCUACCAGGGACAGUGGGCGUUUCACAUUGGUACAGCCAACAAUCUGGUCACCAUUGAGGCACUGUCGCUGAAGGAGAUCUCGGCUGGCGCGGUCAACUUCAACGCUGCUAGUCUGCCUUCGCUGUGUUACGUGGAUACGAUCGACUGGAGGGAUUUGCUCAACACCAAGGCUCAGUACAGCUCGUCUCAAAUUGAUAGCAGCACAAGAGUGGCUAGAUGUUCGAAAUCACAUAAUUGUUCAGACCAAUGCCAAAAUGGCUGCUGGGACAACAAGGCCACUAGCUGUUUCAUUCCCUCGCGCACCAGUUGCAGUCCGCACUGUGGCCACCGUUGCUUUGGAAACAGCACUGCGGAGUGUUGCCAUGACGAAUGUGCAUCGGGAUGCACCGGUAACAAAGACACUGAGUGUGUAGCGUGCAGGCACUACGCCAACAACGGGACGUGCGUAUCCGCAUGUCCACCGCUGACUGUCUACGACCCAGCCACGUAUAGGCAGGCUCCGAAUCCCAAUGUUAAGUAUGUACUGGACGGCACAGUGUGUGUGCCCAGCUGUCCAGAUAACCGCUUCACUGAUGGUCAUCGCUGUGUCCAGUCCUGUGGCAGUGGCAAGAUUGUCAAUGGCAGUGACUGCCUCACCUGUGAUGGUAUAUGCCCAAAGACUUGCAAUGGGUCUGGUUCACUGCCAAAGAAUGCAUUUGGGCAGGUUGUCGAUUUCGAAACCAAUGCAACACUUGAGAGGUUUCGCGACUGCACGCAUAUCAAGGGAUACCUGAAGUUCUCAGCAGUUUCAUGGUUUACAAUCAAAGAACCAGAACAACUGCAGGUCUUGAAGGAUGUGAAGACUAUCGAUCAAUAUAUUUUCAUGUCACCAGGUGGUAGAGGCAGCGUGAACUACACAACUCUGGACUUCCUGGACAAGCUAGAAGCUAUUCGAGGAACUGCCCUGUAUGGUUCGAUUUAUGCAGUGUAUCUCGCCAACACUCCCCUGCUCUCUCUCAAUCUCAGAUCCCUGACGCAUAUCGGUGGAAGCGUGGUAAUACAAAGCAACAGUGACAUAUGCUAUGCGUCGACGAUCAACAGCACUUUUCUGCUAAAGUCGGAGGUUAAAAAAAGUUGGAUUGUACGCUGGAACAAGAAUGUGACUGUUUGUGAAAUUGAAGGUCACUUAUGUGAUCCAGUGUGUGACCCAGUGGCUGGCUGCUGGGGUUCCGGUCCCACACAAUGUAUCCGCUGUCUACACAAGAAAGUGGGAAACAAGUGCAUUGAUCAAGCCUCCUGUCCAAGUUUGACAUAUGAUGGAGCUGACGGAGAGUGCUUGUCAUGUCAUGAAGAAUGUGCCCAGGGCUGCACUGGACCAGGAUCUGAAGAAUGUUCAGCUUGCAAGAACUACAAAGAUGGGCCGUACUGUGUGGGUGUGUGUCCCGGUGCUAAGUUUCCAGACAGCAGUGGCACCUGUACAAGCUGCAGUCCAGUGUGUAAGGGUGGUUGCACUGGAGGAUCAACAUCACUCGGCACUGGCGGAUGCAACCAGUGCUACCUGGGCGAAAUGGAUGAGAACGGCGUUGCCGAGGGCCAGUGCCUGGAUCACACAACUGCCAUCAAUCCAACCGGUGACAACAGCAAUGUCUGCGAUAAGCGAUAUCUGUACAGAGAACCGGCCGACGCCGGAACACCUUACGCUGGCAACUGGUUUUGCAGAAGUUGCAGUGGUAGUGAGCAAAGCGAUAUUCUAACUUGCCUGAACUGUACAUCGGGCACCUACCAGUCGGGAGAAGAUCAGUGUCUGCCAUGUCAUGCUGAGUGUGCCAGCUGGUGCACAGGUCCAGGCAAUAGCCAGUGCGGUGGCGGCUGCAAGAAUAUCUUGCACAAUGGCCAGUGCGUUUCCACGUGCCCGGAGAGCACGUACGCAUCAAACAAGCUAUGCCAUACUUGUCAUGCCCUGUGUGAUCAGUGCAGUGGACCAACACCGAGCGACUGUGCUACAUGCAGGUUUCAUACACCGCCUGGCACUGAGAUCGUGACGUGUACAUGUCCCCCGACGGCGUACUUUGAUAACGUGACCGAUACGUGCAAGGAUUGCCAUAUGGAGUGCCGAGCUUGCCCGGAUGCCAGCUGCCCGGCCUGUACCGGGCCCCUGGCCUCGCAGUGCAGCAAGUGCAAGACGUAUGUGCAGGACACUGAGUGUGUUGCGUCGUGCAGGGAAGGGUAUGCACUGGCAGAGAACACAUGUAACCCAGUCACCACCGAAGCACCUGAACCACCUACAACGCACAUAACUACUGAAGAACCUGAAGAGCCGGUAGAGCUCACCAGCACUGGUCCUGGCGAUCCUAACCUAGAAACGGUUGUUCACCUUCCAACUGAUGCCGCUGCUGAGAAGCAAACGUCAGCUGAGUUCAACUGGAUACCCCUGGUUGUAGCAGGCUGUGUUCUGGUUAUGCUGGUCGCUGCUAUUGGAUUCAUGCUCUACAAGAGACAAGAAAUAAUGGCAAGAAUCCGACCAGCUGCGCCGGAUGACAGUGACGACUCCGAGGAAGAAGAAGAAGGCUGUGAGGAUGACGUUGAGCUGUUUGGGCGGCGAUCACCGAGCACCGGUGGGCGUUCAGUGUCAAGACAACGAUCGCCGUCAUCUGCCGAGGACCCUGAAGCAGCAGAGAAGCGUAGCAAGCUGUUCCAAUCAAGCCCAAGUGCCUCACCGAUCAGCGAUGCUGUUGCAAACAAGAGUUCGCUGAAUGAAACUGGCACUGGAGAUAAGGAUUCCAAUCUCGAUGAACAGCUGGGAAACGCUGUUAUUACACCACCGGGAGCUAUAUCGGACACGGAGGGGCUACUUGAACCAUCUGAAGACCCUGCCCAUUUCUCUGCGGACUGCACGCCAGUUGCCAUUCUGAACUCGGGUAAUGUUCACAACGAUGACGAUAUUUCAGUGAUUCACCUUCCCUUGGUGUCGCCCACUCCCGAGCCACCGGUCCUCCCAGUGGUAUCACCGACUUCUGAGCCUACUCCUCUGAAUGCAAUGCCCACACAAACACCUACUCCUGAGCCUACCCCUCUGAAUGCAAUGCCCACACAAACACCUACUCCUGAGCCUACCCCUCUGAAUGCAAUGCCCACACAAACACCUACUCCUGAGCCUGCAGGUUUGAAUGCAGCUCCUACACUGACACCUGAACCAAGCCGAGAAAGAAAAUCGUCCUGGCGGGAGGUAGUCCCAUUCAAUACUCAAUUUGAGAAGACAUCUGGGGACAUGGAAGAAUCCCCCAGGGACAAAGAAGAAGUGUUCAACCGCUCUACAAAAUUGCUGAGUGGAACACCUGAGCCGUUUUCUCUACCCGAGGAUGAUUGUGAGGUAUGAAAUGCCACCUGAGAACUUGUAUGGCAUGGCACCAUGUACUAAGACUUAUCAUGGUACUUACUCAAGGGCAAAAUGACUGUAUUCUUGCAGUUCCUUGUUCCGUUCUUGCCACCCACCAGAUUUCGCCCCAAGACGUAGUCAGUGUGUUCUUGCCAACAGAAAGCCAAAAAUGGACUCAGUUCUUCCCAAGACAUAUGCAGAAACAGACAAAUAGCUUCUUUACUUGAGCCUUUCUGAUACUUCGAAGUAAUUAUGUUUCACUCUUGAAUAGUGGUGUGUGUGUGCGUUCUUUAUUCCGUCAGCCAUGCUGAAUAUUUCACAUUACCUUGCACACUGCUGAUAUUUAUGCGCAGUGUUUUACAAUAUUCACAAAUCGUAUAACAUUCCAUCAAACCUGCCAAAUUCAACAUCACAUGUAAUAUUGUUAUAUGCAAAUGAAAGAAUUCUACUGAUUUAUAAUUAUAUACUAGCCUAUUACAAAUAUUAUACUAGCCUAAUAUACCCAAUGCUGUAGACAGCAGACUGUUUUGGCCAUAAAGGCCUCAUCAGUACAGCUACAAGCUUUGAGCAAGCAGAGCUACCAAGCAUAAUGCAAAUGAGGCACCACAGAUUUUAAUUAAGA